CCUGCUGCGGAAGAUCUCGAUUUGCUGAGACGAGUUCCGGCGUGAUCUACUCCCUCAGUGAUCCCUUAGAUUGGUGGAGAAACUGCUUGCUUGACUGUUAACCGAUUCCGCGAUUGACUUUCAACCUAGAGAGAUGUUAUUUCAGAGGUGAAGGAUCGAUAUGCUGUUUCGUUCAGUUUGAUCUGCAAGCCUAGGGUUUUACCGAAAGUGCUAAGGUUUUUGGGAUGCUCUUAUUUUCAUCAAUAGGGUUCGAAUAGUUAGUUUUAAUUGUGUAUCUGCAUAAACGAUAAUUGAUAUUUACUGUUCUCUGAGACUUUGAGUUGAGUUUACUGUUUUUUGAGAAUUGUGGAUUCUGUUGUUUCACCCAAAUGAAAAGGGGGUUUAUCAGAUACUGAAACUGGAGUCUCUAGGUCAGAGAUUUGUUGGAGGUGAUUCCCGCGGUUUGAUGCUAUGUGAUUUUCCGAGUGGAAUUUGGUAAUCACCUUUUUAAUCCAGUGGGAUUCUGUAUAUAGUUUGGGGUUCGUUCAAUGAUAGUUGCAUGGAUAACAAGUUGAAGUUUCUCACUUCGUUGAUGAGUUGUGAAUUUCAGUUGAUUUACAAUAGCGUAGCCUUUUGUGAUUGCGUUAUAUGCUGCUUGAAAUCUGAUUCCAUUUGAUGCAAAUUGUUUAGUUUACUUGGAUGUUGCUGACUUUGUAGCCAGUACAAAAGAAGGAUAUUGGUUUGGUUCUUGGUUUACGACAAUCAGUAAUAGAAGUUUUAAGAACGGUAUAACUUUUGAAAUUUAUGGUGGAAAUGAGAUGAAGGCCAUGCCGAGAAGUAGGGUCGACGAAGAAGAGGUUGACAGGUUUUCGAAUUAUAUGAAUGUAAGCAAGGACUUGUCGAUUGGAAUUGUGAAGCUUGUAUCAUUUUUGGUUAUAUUUGUGGCCGGCGUUGUUCUUGGGUUGGCGGCAAGUGCACAUGUUUCUAGACACUUUACUUCUUCACAUACUGAGCUAUUCUUUCCGCCACAUAACUUUCCAGUCCCUUCCCAUGAGAAGGAAGGCUGCUUAACCAUAAAUAAUUGCGAGGAGGAAGAUUGUUUGAGCAUAAAAAGUUUUAUCAACCCUAGCCAUUUGACACAUAGUAUGACAGAUGAAGAGCUGUUUUGGAGGGCUUCAAUGAUGCCAAAGAAAGAUGCUUAUCCAUACGACCGAGUGCCUAAGGUUGCCUUCAUGUUUCUGACAAGGGGACCUCUGCCACUUAUGCCAUUAUGGGAAAAAUUUUUCAAUGGCCAUGAAGGGCUCUUUUCAGUUUAUGUUCAUGCACUGCCAGGGUAUGAGCUCAAUGUUUCGAAGACAUCUGCUUUCUAUAGCCGCCAGAUCCCAAGUCAGGAUGUCCAAUGGGGAACAGCAACAUUGACGGAUGGAGAGAGGCGUCUUCUUGCCAAUGCCCUUCUUGACUUCUCAAAUGAGCGGUUUAUUCUACUUUCUGAGAGUUGCAUUCCAAUAUAUGACUUCACCACUGUUUAUGAAUACCUUAUUGGCUCUUCACAUAGCUUUGUUGAUGCUUAUGAUGACCCAACACGCUAUGGACGUGGUCGUUACAGCCGCCAUUUGUUUCCUGACAUUAAGCUCGCUCAAUGGAGGAAAGGAUCCCAGUGGUUUGAAAUGAACCGCUAUCUAGCUGUAAGCAUAAUCUCAGACAGUCAGUAUUAUUCUCUCUUCUGCAAAUAUUGUAAGCCUUCUUGCUACCCUGACGAGCAUUAUCUACCGACUUACAUAAACAUGUUCCAUGGACAAAUGAAUGCAAACCGGAGUGUGACUUGGGUGGACUGGUCGAGAGGGGGCCCUCAUCCUGCUAGCUACGGAAGGUAUGAUAUUACAGAAGGGUUUAUACAAUCUAUAAGGAAUAAUGGAACAACUUGUUUUUAUAAUUCCAAGCAGACAUCUGUUUGUUACCUCUUUGCGAGGAAGUUUGCGCCCAGUGCAUUGAUGCCCUUGCUUAACAUCAGCUCAACAGUAAUGAAAUUUUGAAUUUGGUGUUAA